CUCGAAGCAUCCACAACUAAAAUUCCCCCAGCGAUAUUCCUUCAACUGAUUCAACCACACAAGCCACACUUAUCGUAACGUAAAAUAUAGUUUUCCGUUCGACUCCAGCCAAAAAAAAAAAAAAUGCAGCCGAUCCAACGUUUCUUUGCCAGUACCCCGGUUUGUCUUAUUUUCAUAUUCCUAACCACCACGGGCUUCGGUUUCCUCGAAACCGAUUUCCGAGACGCCUCCCGAAGGGUCCGGGAUUCCCGGGACUUCCCCAACCGAUACUCCAUCGACAACCCGCCGUUUCGCAGGGAAACCAUCCGGCAGAAAGACCGCAUUUACGAAAACUUGUACGACAGGCGCAGCUUCAGAACCGGAACUUACAGGCAACCAUCGGAGCGCUCCACGAACGCAUUAGAACGGGACUCCAGGUCGGGAUCGAUCCGGGAAAAUGUCCGCUUCAACGACAACCGCGAGCGGUUCUUCCAAGAACGGUCCAGAUCGUUGCAGGACGAUCGAACGCGAGUUCGAUCCUCCGAGAUGAUCCGCGACCUUCAGUUCAGACUGCAGAGCCUCAACAGGGCGAGACAAGCUCGCGAAGCGCACAGGACCAGGUUAAUUUCCGUUUCGAACGAUCGAAGCUCGCUCGACGAGAGGAGCAGGAGGACCGGGGAGAGCAGAGAGAAUAGGGAAAGCAGGAGGAACAUGGAAAGUAGGAGGAAUGUGGAAAUCAUGAGGAAUAUGGAAAGUAGGAGGAAUGUGGAAAGUAUGAGGUCUAGGGAAAGCAUGAGGAAUGUGGAAAACAGGAGGAAUAUGGAAACUAGAAGGAUUGUGGAAAUCCGAAGAAAUGUAGAACCCCCAGCAUAUCGAGCUCGAUCUACCAGGACCAUCGACAGCGACAGACUCGUUCGAGAAGACCGAAGACAGAGGUCUACCAGAAUCGAGGCUCCGAUCAGAUUCGCCGAACGUCGAAUGAGGUUCGCGGAUAAUUCCGAAAGGGAAAGGUCCAUUUCCAGAAGCAACGUUGAAAAUCGCGAUAGAACCGUCGACAGCAGGCGAUUUAGGGAGUCUCCUAGCAGAGUACAAGCGAGCUCUAACAGCCGAACUCCUCGGUUUCUAUCGAGGAACGGCGGACUCUCCGGUGAAGGUGGAGCUCUAAGCAGACGAUCGUUGGAAAGGGAAACUCUCAGCGGGGAUUUGGUGCGCUCUCGAUCGAUUUCUGAUGCUUCUAAUUACAUGGAAAAAGAAGUCGAUGGUAGCAGCAACUUCAACGCUUGCAUCAACGUGAUUCAGGUGCUCCUCGGGGCGUAUCUCGUCGGGCAACUGGUCGCCCGUUCGUCGAAGAAGCGCGGAUUCGAGUUCCAAAAUCUUCUACCAUUCGCCUCUAUGAAACAGAAGGUGGAGUAAAUUUGCCAUUUCGCGAUGAUUGCUCUAACUUUGACGACAACCGCUAUGCACUAAAAGGUACCUACUUACUCUUAGCUUGUUAGGAAAUUUUCAUAGUAGUAGCGUGGAUAGUUUAAACAACCUCAAAGUCUAUCGAAAUCUUGGAAUAGUGUAUUUGUUAAAUGUAGUUAAUAUAGCAUACGUACGUGUAUAUCAUAUAUGGUAUAUGUUGUUUGUGUAGUUAAAUAAAAUUGUUCAAAAUCAUUUGGUGGUUGAUUCGUGAAAAUGUCCCGGCUAGUUUAAUAAAAUAGCUAAAAAAAUGUUGGGAGUUAACUGCAAAUUUGUACGAAAUAUGGAUGCAACAAGUACAACUUCUAAUACAUUGUUAUUUGAAUAACAUUUCUUCCAACUUAUAGAAUAGACCAUACUAUAAAAAAAUUUGCACUUACCCGUAUAAAUUUUCUAAGAUUUACAUCACUUCUACAGAAUCUUCAUAAAUGAUUGAUUCCCACGUGACUGAAUUCGAAAUGAACGUAGUAAAUUUGUUAUGUUUAUGUUGGUACACAAAAAAUACUAGACUACUGUCAUCUGUCAUUAAUGUCAAGGCAACGUCAACUCGAUGAAAUCUCGGUAGAAAUAACGCGUUUUGUUCAUAUUUCCUAGUUUUUCCUGUGCUUUCUCCCGAAGAAAACUGUGUAUCAAUAUAACCAUUAAUUAAUGAUAGGCAAAAAUAAUAAAGAACCUAGUGGAUUAAUGUUCUUACGCCACUGUGUUGAUUUUGUAUUCAAAAUAGGGACAUUUCUUGAAAAUAAUAACAACUGUGCAAUUUGGGUUGCAUAAUUUUUAGGUCACGUGGAAAUCAAUCAUUUAUAAAGACUCUGUAUCAUUAUUAAUCUCAUUUCGUUGUAAAUAAUCGAUAAAUACGUACUAUAACUAGGUGCUCAAUAAUAAAACAAUAAUCUCUAUAAAUUACAAUUUCCUUAACUACAUUUCGCCGAAUCCUCGUCGAUACUACACACAAAAAAAAACCAUCACAAAUACCCGCACACAUCUUCGCUGGGUACAAACUUCCUCAUCAAACUCUCGAACACAUCGAACGGACAAAACUCCUUGCAAUGGACCAUUUUCAUCAACCUCAACCCGCUCCCGUCCCAAGCCUCGUAGAAAACCUUCACCCCAUACACCCCAUCAACCAGAUGCAGCUCUAGAACAACAUGCGCCCCGUAGGGAGGCACCCGGUGCUUCUCGAACACCCCCAAAGCGAUCAGCAGGUAGGCCAAGUUGCUCUCGUGCGCCGAAUACAAAUACAGCUUCUUCGACAGCUUCCUGCGAUCGAACAUCUUCCGCUUGAGGUUGCGCAGCACCUCGUCCAAGAGGUAGCCCACCAGGAGCUUCUGCAUGUCGGGCGUGCCCAGCUCCACGAAGUACUCUUCGGCGGCGAGCGAGGAGAUGGGCUCCGGCCAGACGGUUUUCGUCCAAUCGGGCAGCUGCAGGCCGAACUCCUCCUCGGUGGAGAGGCCGAAGUAGAGGUGGUAGACGUCGCGGAAGGAGCGGAUUUCUUUGCCGGUGCGCUCCGAGAGGAAAUCGAAGAGGUUGCGGUAGGGCUGGUACCUUUGCAGGACCUCGGGACGCUGGGCGUGUUGCUUGUAGAGCAGCUUGUACCUCGGGCACAGGUGGCUCACGAGAACCUUCAAAAUUAACAGAGCGGCGGACAUUGAGGUUUUCCCGGAUCAUUUCCGCAUAGAAAAGGCCUGGCUGUAUCGCUGAUUCGUAAAGGAUCACCGACAGGACAAAUAUUUUCCAAGGACCUUCCACGUUUACCUGAGAAAAAUCAUCUUUAAUUACGAGGAAAACGAACUUUCUG